AUGUCGCAGUCAACGCCCACAGCGGUCGCCAAACGCAAGGUCAUGGGACGAAUGGAUGCUGCGCCUUCCGAAUCUCCUUCCAGCUCUGUGACCCCAAAUGCGCGACCACGCAUUGUCAGAGCUCAGCAUGGCUACUCCUCGCCCUCCUUCUCCAACAAUGUCACUCCGACCGCCACUCGUCCUGCGCCGGGCACUGGUCGCGCACGCGUGGACAUGUCUGCAUUUGCAAGUCCCUCCUCGGCUGCAUCCAGUCCCGCUAUGUCGCCUUCUAUGGCUGGCAGGCCGGUCUCCGCCUCUACAGCUGGACCAAGCACGAUCACCGCCCGAAUCUCAGCGCCCUCGCCCACCGUGCGGUCCACUCCGACCUUUCACACCAGAUCAGGCUCCACGGUCGGUAUCAGUGCCUCGUCCUACCGGCUCGCAGAAGCCAGGCUGGAAGGUCCCAUCGAUCCGAACUCCUUACGCUCGCCAAAGGUCCGAGCAAGCAAUGGCAGCAUCGAUUUGGGCCGGAAUUCGCCCGCCGUUGCCUCUCCAAGCCCAAGACUCUCGGCGAGCUCGCAGCUUGCCUCAGCCGUAGCAAUCAAAUCGCCCGUACCGCGAGCAGAUCAGUCACCGUUUCAGAAGCCAUCGAUACCCUCUACGUCGGCCCGAUCUACCUUCAACGUACCAAAUCGAAAUCUGCUUUCGCCGCAGCGAUCUCAGGAAAGUCUCGACCGAGCCGCCACCAGACCACAGAACAGAUCUCCCUCGCCGAAGUUGCCGCCAGCUUCGCCGUCUCGGACCGCCCUUUCAUACUUUCCGCAGACGAGUCCACCCAAGCCGCACCCAUACACGCGUCAUUCCGAGCCCAUCGUGCCUGGUCGACAGGCAUCCAUACCUGCCACUGCACCCCCAGCUGUCGCAAGUGCAGAGUCGACCAGACGUCUCAGCUCGACCAAUAGCGAUGGGAAUUCCGUCGGCAAACAAGUACUUGAUGUGAUCCUGCCGAGCGACUCACAAGCUUCGUCCAGCCUGAAUGCUGCCGCCCGUUCGGAGCCCGGCUCAGCGAUGACCACCGGCCGAGCCUCUUUUCGUCCUACGUCUGCAUCACAGCGAGCCGCAUUACCUUCUAGUUUCAUGGACCUAGCGAUGGCUGCUGUACCGUUGCGUCCAAAUGCUGAACACCGCUCCAGUUAUGCGUCCAGCACCUUUUCCACGCACUCUGCUGCCAGCCAACCUCUUUCGCCCUCUUCCGAAACGCCGCGAUCACCCAGCGAGGUGGGAGAGGCCGAUGAGGCACGUGUCCAUCGCAAGCUGCUCGACCUCGAGAUCACCAACAGGAGUCUUCUCGCCAUCAACUCGGCGCUCGAGGUGACCAAGCUCAAGCAGGCAAGAGAGAUUCGCGAACUGAAAAAGCGGCUGCGAGACGGCAAAGGUCUUCCCGUCGCGGCGACUUCCCGCAGCUCAGCGGGCAGUGCGGCGUUCAGCGACGAGGACGAUCUCACAGAUAGCGACGACGACGAUGACGAUCUCUUGGUCAAAGACGAUCCGGAGUUGGAAGCUGCCCAUCAACGCUGCAAGCUUCUCGUGGAUCACAUGGUCGAACAAGCGCGGAAGGCCAUCCUGGCAGAGCACGACAAGCCUGAACACACUGGCGGCAAGGUCCUGCAUCCGGCCGAGCUAGAGGAAAUGCAGCGAGAGUUGGACGAAGACGGCAACAACGCGGAAGCCGACACCACAGCAGCCACGGAUCUUUUGGAGUCCUCUGUGACAUUCGACAGUUCCGUUGCAGAUUUGAGUCAGAGUGGGCACCUUCCGUCGAGCUCGUCGCAGUUUUCCGAGCUCAGCGAACUGAGCGGGAUGGACAGCUCGUUGGCAUCCGUGUCUCUCCAAUCGAUCGACGUCGUCUUUUCCGGCGGUGCAGACUCGAACGCAACCUCUCGCGAUGGAUCAGCUCCCAACAUGCCGUACGGUGGCAACCUGCCAAGCUAUCCAGACGUGUCCAUCGACUGA